CAUGAGCAAAGACCUGGUGAACGGGUCCAUCCUGCACUGCCUGGAAACGGCGAGUCUAGGCAUGCCCCUGGAGGUGUGGAAGACGAGGAUGUGCGUGUACAGGAACGAAAACACCAUCAGAUCAUUCGCCAGCAUUUAUAGCAAGGGAGUCGGGCAGUUCUACGCUGGCUUCUACGCGAAGCUAGUGGAGAGCUCCUCCAAGGGAGCCGUCCUCUUACUAUCCAAAGAGCACAUGAUUAACCUCUGCAACAAUUUGAAUUUUAAUAAAACGACAAGUGGCUUUAUCGGUGGAGCUACCGGAGGCAUCUGCCAGUCCUUCGUGAUGACCCCAUGUACCUUUUUCAUAACCGCCAGCAUAGACAGAAAAAUUAAUUAUAAGAAAAAGCUUGUAGACAUUUUUAGGAACAAAGGAUUCACAACCCUGUAUAAGGGGAACAGUGCCAUGUGCUUGCGCCAGGGGACCAACUGGGCCAGCCGCCAGGGCUUAACUGAGUGGGUCCGCCACUUGUUCAUCGAGCGGAAGAGGAAGGUGGGGGGGGGAGCGGGUGUGGAAGUAGGCGUAAAAAAUGAAGUUACAGACAAGCGAGGCCACGUUUUUCAGCCCACCCCCGCGAAGGACACCCACCCGUUAGACAAACGGGGAGGUGCUGCCCACGACUUAUCCCCCUCGGAGGAGCUCCUUUGUGGUGUCCUUGGAGGAGCCUUAUCUGUCUGGAACAACCCCUUCGACGUGAUUCGAGUGUACAUGCAGAAUAGUGCAAAUAAAAACAUCAAGCUGACGUUCUUUCAGUCGUUUGUUAGCCUUUACAGGGAGGGGGGGAUUCUGUACCUCUACAAGGGGGUCAUCCCCCGGUGCUUCCUGUGCAUCUGGCAGACCCUGUUUAUGGUUACGGGGGUUAAAAUUCUGAACAAGUACUCUAAGGGUCAAGACAAUUCUGCAGAUAUCCAGCACAGUGGCGGCCGCUCGAGUCUAGAGGGCCCGCGGUUCGAAGGUAAGCCUAUCCCUAACCCUCUCCUCGGUCUCGAUUCUACGCGUACCGGUCAUCAUCACCAUCACCAUUGA